GUCAUCGGGUGCAAUAUGGGGUCCGUGCUGGACAGUGUAGCGUGACUUUGGUAAAGACGCGUAGAUUUGUAAGAUUAAAAAAAAACAAAAACAAACUCGUCUUCGCCUCUUGCGCUUGAGUAUAUAGACCUCUAAAGUUCAUACAUUCGUGUUAUUUAGACGCUUUGUCAUUUGAGUUUGGAGCUGAACUCCGUAGCAUGAACGUUAGCCUCACCUUUGACAGACCGCGGUAGAAGAAACUGGUCUGCGUGUCUGUACGGGAUUUUACGGUAACCACCAAGCGGUUAGGAGAAAAUCGCAGAGCUGCUGAGAUGGUCAUUGUCAUCUGUACGGUACGUUAAAACCGAGUGUUAUCGUUGAACAAACUUGAAAACAAGCGUUCUGUUCCUGACGGGACAAAAAGAAAGUUCGUGCGCUGUAAUUAAUAAGGAAGUGUGUUGUAAUUCAUAAGAAACUUUCCUUUAAAUCAAACGCCUUGUCGUUACCGUAAAGCCUGGUGUAUAGUCGCGCGACACGGUUUUGACAGCAGCAUGCCUCUGCACUGAGCGUCUUGACAAGUACACUUUUGUCAUGUGUCCGUCAGGGCUUUCGAGGUUUAUUAUAUUUUAGCAGUAGAUAUAUUUUUUUAAAAAUAAUAUUUUGCACAAUGACAGGGUUAAGCUGAAACUUUGCACAGUUCAUAACAGCUUCGUUGUAGCCGAUGUGGUGUAGCAGCUGCAAGAUCUCGCUUCCGCACACUGUGUAAACCCGUUCAGCGCCUUGUGAAACGACGUGUUAAGUUCAUUACGUGUCGGAUUUUGUUUGUUUGUGAUUUAUUAAACAUGCUGCUGUCAUUGAUCGUGCACACGUACUCUCUGCGCUACUGCAUACCGGCCGCGGUUAUGCUCGGCACUGCGCCGGUUUACCUGCUCUCCUGGGGCGCAUGGCGACUCCUGUCCACUGUCCUACCGGCCAGACUGUACCACACCGUGGACGAUCACAUCUACACCGUGUACCAGAGCAUGGUACUGUUCUUCUUCGAAAAUUACACCGGGGUUGAGAUUAUUAUUUAUGGAGACAUACCAAAGAAGAAGGAGAAUGUCGUUUAUCUCUCCAACCAUCAGUCCACAGCGGAUUGGAUCAUUGCUGACAUGCUAGCAAUUCGCCAAAAUGCACUCGGCCAUGUAAGAUACGUGUUAAAAGAUGGUCUGAAGUGGCUUCCGUUGUACGGCUGGUAUUUCUCUCAGCACGGAGGCGUAUAUGUCAAGCGGAGCGCCAAGUUCGAUGAAAAGGCCAUGAAAAGGAAACUCCGUUCUCAGGUGGAUGUAGGAGCACGUAUGUAUCUCGUCAUAUUCCCUGAGGGAACACGCUACAACCCUGAAUUUAAGGAAGUAAUCAAGGCCAGUCAGGCUUUUGCUGCAAAAGAAGGACUUUCUGUACUGAAACACAUUCUGACACCAAGAAUGAAAGCAUCACAUGUAGCAAUAGAGUCCAUGAAGGAGCACCUAGACGCAGUUUACGAUGUCACAGUGGCUUACGAAGGCACUCUGACUGCAGACGGGAAAAGACUGUCUGCCCCUUCAAUGCCAGAGUUCCUUUGUAAAGAAUGCCCCAGAGUGCAUAUCUACUUUGAGCGCCUGGACAUGAGGGAGAUUCCUCCAGAGCCGGACUUUUUCCGCAGGUGGCUUCAUGAACGAUUUGAGAUUAAGGAUAAGUUGCUGACUUCUUUCUAUGACUCUGAGGAGCCCAACAAUAAAUGCAAGUUUCCAGGAGAAGGUCAAAGGUCACUGCUAAGCCUCAGAAAGACGCUCCCUUCACUGCUGGUGUUGGGUGGCCUCACUUUGCCAGUGCUCUUAACCGAGUCAGGUAGAAAACUCUAUGUGAAAACAUGGAUCUAUGGGACUCUUUUGGGAUGGCUGUGGGUUCAUAUACGACCAUGAGGUAAUAGAAACCACUGACCUCCCGCCAGCUCGCAUCAGCAUGACGAGACCGGCGCUGGUUGGAUGCUUGUGUUUUCAGCCAGCCAUGCUGUCACAUCUUGGAGUGUUUUUCCCCCCUGGUGUUAGGGCCAAGACGUGUUUGCUGGAGGAUGACCACAUCUCUCUUUAUUUCACUGCUUCUUUUGUCUUGAAGGCUUUGUUUGGUUUUACAUUCUCAGCAUCAUAUCCAUUACGUUGGUUAUCUUAAUAUUCUGAGCUGGAAAUAAAAGAACAGCAUUUUAAAUGGGGUUGACAUGCUUAUACAAAGGUCGGCCAAGAUAUUUUAUUGUGUUCAGCUCUCCAAACGAGUAUUCAUGUUAAUGGAGUUUGUGGUUCAGAGGGGUUUUUUUUGUUUUGUGAUUUUUUUUUUAAAUAACGCUUUUGUUAAAAUUGUAUUCGUUCAUGAUUGGGCUUAGUUAAGAUUGUGUAAUUUGUCUUUUUUUUGCAUGACAUUUUGCUUUGUUUACACAUCAAGUGUGCUUUAUUUCUUUCUUUUGCUUAGUACAUUGGUUUGUUUUUGUUUGUUUGUUUUGUCUUUGCAAAACAGAUUGUCUCAUACAGUAUUGCCAAACUUCAGGAUGCAGGAGCAAUAUACUGUCACUAAAUACUUAUCUAAUAAAAUAUUAUAUCUGCAGUAAAAUGCAACAGAGAAGCAUUUCACUGUACUCUGCCUUUUAACAUGCAAAAUUAACCCUGUUACCUCA